AUGAAAAGAGACCAUCUGCAGUACAUAACACAAAACAUGGCAAUUAAUAUAUUUGCUGUUGCUGUUCGCUGCUAUUGCCCAAGCGAGUCACUCUCUAGAUAUUCAUACUAUGAUCUUACAGAAGCAGAGGAAUAUAUCAAAGGAAAUCCCUUUGCAGAUAAGCCAGCCAUUACCUUAUACUACUUUACUAAGAUGCUCAGCCUGAUUUCUAUAGGAGGAAGAUACUCGGUACAUAGUGUGCUGUUUACUGUCACAGCUCUGUGCGACUUUAUGUCAGCAUAUCUAUUAGGAACCCCCAUGUACUUCCUGCUGACCUCUUUCCUUCCCAGCGAGGUAUAUUCUAUUAUUUGCCUUGUGGCCGUGCUAUGCUACAGAAAAAUACUACUAAGAUACACAGCACCACUUCUCGCGCUGCUUUGCAUGGAGGGCACAUAUACAAAAUGCGCUCCUGGAAUCAACCCGUACUGGUAUAUCAAUAUGCAAAUGUUUGCAGAGUACCGAGAAUUGUGUAGAGAUAUUUUCCAGGCCAUGCACUUCUUCUUUCAGGCCCUUACAAUAUACAGCCAGUGUAUAAGCACUAAACUGUAUUUGACCAUGGUGUUUAAGGACCUAGGAUACAGAGGAUACAUCCUUGUGUGGUGCAUACUAAGCAUUCAGAAAACAGAGAGAAAACAGAUUUUCAACCUUCUUUUGGGGCUGAGCUUUCUAGGAGCUGUUAUAGACCACCUUGUGUGGUAUAUGCUGGUGCUCUGUGGAGUUGGAAAUAUGAAUUUUUUAUGCUGGAGCAAUGCGGUGACUAUUGUAUCAACUGGAGUAGCUGCGCUGCUGCACGAAAAGAGUGUAAGAAACAGAGAAAAGAGAACAUAA